AUGUCUUCAUCGAGCUCUUUCAAUAUACCAACCUAUUCCCUUAUUUCCUCCGAUAAGGAUAUAGAAUAUUCGAUUUAUAUCCCCGAUCUCACUGUCAACAAGAAAUUUUUUGGUCCAAAUCUUCCAGAAAACGGAAAAAUUGAAUGUGAGAUCCUAGAAACUGGGUUUAACUUCAAAUUUGUUGGAUCCAAGGAACUUACGAACAAGGACUACCGUCUUGUAAUAUCUAAAUUUCCCUGUAAAAUCUUCCCGAAUAAAAGUUCCUGGAAAUGCCGUAACGGUGCUAUUGAUGUGAAACUGCGCGUUUCGGCUAAUCCCAAAGAAGUCGAGGCGAAAUUGCUAGAGGAAGCAAUGACUGAGGAUAUUGAUCCGUUGGAGCUAAAGCAGUAA